CUAAAGCGGUCCUUUUUGUGAAGUGGUGAGAGAGAGGAGUGUACUUCCUGGCUCACCGCUGUUCGCAUCCAAUCCUACGAAUAAGUCGGUCAGGAAUACUUAAAAAUGGCAUUUAAGGACACCGGCAAAGCGCCUGUUGAGGCGGAAGUCGCAAUCCAUCGCAUCAGAAUUACUCUGACCAGCCGCAACGUCAAGUCCCUGGAAAAGGUGUGUGCAGACCUGAUCCGUGGCGCUAAAGAGAAGAACCUGAAAGUCAAAGGGCCUGUCCGCAUGCCAACCAAGACUCUACGUAUCACAACCAGGAAGACUCCUUGUGGUGAAGGUUCUAAAACAUGGGACCGGUUCCAGAUGCGCAUCCACAAGCGUCUCAUUGAUCUGCACAGCCCGUCUGAAAUUGUCAAGCAGAUCACUUCCAUCAGCAUUGAGCCUGGUGUAGAAGUCGAGGUCACCAUUGCAGAUGCAUAAAUGUAUUUUUUGCCACUGUAAUAAAUGGUCUGAAAUGACAAA